AUGGGAGAAACUUUGAAUAGCGAUGUCGUUUGUGUUGCGGUGAAUCAAGAUGUUCGAGAAAGUAAACUAAAUUUGUCAUGGACAUUGAAGACUCUUCGUGCUAAGAAGAUUUGCCUUCUUCAUGUUCAUAUUCCAUUUUCGCUGAACCCUUCUUCAUGUGGGCUUGAUGAAAGUGAGAUCAACGCAAUCCAAGAGUCAGAGCGGAAAACUUCUUAUAAGAGCCUCUACAAGUACCGUGAUAUCUGCACAGACGAAGGGGUUAAUAAAGAAGAUGUGGAUAUGUCACUGAUAUCAGGAUAUGAUGUUGGUGAAGGGAUUGUGAAACUCAUCAAUCAAAAGAAUAUCAAGAAGCUCGUUAUGGGAGCAGCAGCUGAUCCUCAUUAUUCCAGGGGGAUGUCUAUCACAUCUAGAAAAGCAGAGUACGUGAGUCAACAUGCACCUACUCGCUGUAAAAUGUGGUUCAUCUGCAAAGGGAAACUCAUCAAGACAAGAGAAGGAAGUUUCGACCUUGGAAAUCUAUCGGAUUCGUUCACAGAAGUCCAUACUUCUACUCAGAACCCAAACAAAGUAAACGAUCAUUCUGUAAGCAAUGGGAGCGAAGCAGACUGUGUUCCCGAAGAUUAUAUUUGUCCCAUUUCAAUGGACAUAAUGAGAGAUCCUCAUGUGGCUGCUGAUGGUUUCACAUACGAGUACGAGUUUAUCCGAAAGUGGCUGAUUGAUGAAAAUAAGAAUACGUCGCCAAACACAGGAGCAACGCUCGCUCACCGCAAUCUUACCCCAAACUUCACUCUUCGUUCACUCAUCAAUGACUGGCUGCAGCACCACCCAAAUCAUAAACAUUGA